UCUUCAGGCUGCAUCAUUAACAAAAUUAAACUUUUUGUGAGUUGUCGGAUCCUACAUGUAAUCUGACCGGUACACGUUAAUUUCUGUAUCAACUUUUGAAAGAUGAUUAAUUAAAUUUAGUAACAAUUUUUCGAUUUUUUUUAUCCCGGGAAUUAUCAAUCUUGGGAUUUUUUUCAAAAUGAGAGGACCAUUACCAACCCGUGUUUCUGCUUUAGCAAUUAUAUUCUUUUCUCUUUCGAGUUCGUUUUUAUUGGUAUCGUCCCAAAAUGCCACCAAAAAAGUCUGUGAAACGAAAGAAUGUUUAUCCGCAGCACAGAACUUGAAAGAAUCGAUCGACUUUGAAGCAGAUCCCUGCGAAGAUUUCUACCAAUAUGCUUGCGGAAAUUGGCCAAAUGUUCAUAAAAAUGUGAAUGGCAGUACUACCCCACAAAGUACUCCACUAUUGCGGUUGAAUGAAAAUACAGCCGAAAUUGCCGAUUUUCUAAAACAGAAUAAUACCAAAGACGAACCUAAUGCCGUCCACAAAGCUAGGAAAUUCUUUUGGCUGUGUUUAAACGAAGCUGCUUACAGUAAUAAACUGGAACUGAUCGAACCUCAGUUAAAAGAAAUUGGUCUAUCAUUACUUCCCUUCAUUACCGAUGACGUAGUUAAAAACUUCGACUACACGACAGCGCUGGCCAAAGUACCCAAAGUGACCGGAGUCAAUGUUCUUUUCGAUAUAACAAUGGAUUUACAUCCUUUCAAUCAAACUCUAAAUAAAAUCGUAUUGAGUAACCUGAAAGAACCAUCAAAUUCUCCAAAUACGACUUCGCCCAUGGCAAGUGAAGAAAAAAUUUCCGAAGCAAAAUUCAUGACUGAAGUAAUGCAAAAAUUGUGCCAAUUGAGAGAAUCAAGCGCUUGCAGAAGAUGGACUGCAGCAGACAAUAAGGCUAGGAAUGAAACCAUUAAAAACAUUCUGACGCAACAAGAUGAAAUUAAACAGGUCAACCUAGAACCUUCCGCACCAGUCUUACUCACAUUGAAAGAACUUCAAAACUUGACCGAUAGCAUUGCAAUUGAAGUGAAUACAACAAUUCCCAAGUUUAACUGGACGAGAUAUAUAGAAGAAACUUUCGUCGGUUUGGACUUCGUUAAAUUGAAUCUCAAAGAUCCGUCCAAAAUUAAAAUUUCAUGUUCGGAUUCCAUCGAAGAAAUAAUACGAUACAUUUACGAAAAGAAGAACUUAAAACUCAUCGAACUCGGACUUUGGUGGAAAGUUGUUUCUGAAAUCGCACCCGAUAUCGAUUUAACAAUUCGUGACAUAAAAAGCAAAUUGAACAGCCUUGAAGUCUCCCCAACAAGAGAAAGCAGUUGUAUUCAAAAAACCAGGUCAUCAUUCAGUUUGGCAGUUAGUCACUCAUACACGACGAACGAAAAAUACAUCAAAGCCAAGACCAACAUCGGCAGAAUGUUUGAACAUAUUCGAGAAAGUUUAAAACAGAUCAUAGAGAACGCCUCCUGGAUGGAUGAAAAGACCAGACAAAGAGCGCUGAAAAAAUUACAGUUGAUGAAGUCAUAUCUGGUAUAUCCGAGUGCACUCAAUGAAACAGCCUUACUCAAUGAGUUAUACAAAGACGUAAAGAUAACCGCCAAUUUCUACGAGACACAGAUUUCAAUCAAUGAGAACCGAAUGAAAAGAUUCCUAAGCACGAAGAAUCAAACAAACGAUCUGGACAAAAUUGAAAUAGAUCCUAGCGAAGUGAAUGCUUUUUAUGAUCCUUCAGAAAAUACCAUGAUCAUUCCAGCUGGCAUACUUGGAGUAUCAAUUUAUAACAACAGUCUACGAGCUUUGGAUUACGGUGCAAUAGGACAUAUCGUAGGUCACGAAAUAACUCAUGGAUUUGACAAUUCAGGGCGAAAAUACAACGAGACAGGAAAUAAAGAGGAUUGGUGGCUAAACGCAACUUUGACCUCAUACAAGGAAAAAGCUCAAUGUUUCGUCAAUGCCUAUGGCAAUUAUAGUUCAAACUUUCUCAACAUUACACAAAAGGCUGACGGUGUAAGAACGUUAGGAGAGAAUAUCGCCGAUAAUGGUGGAUUCAAGGAAUCACUUUUGGCUUACAGAAGAGGUGUAGCUGAAUAUGGACCGGAAGCGAUACUGCCGAAUUUUGAAACUUUCACUCACGAACAACUCCUCACACUAGCAUUUGCCAAUGUAUAUUGUGAAAAUCCAACGAAAUCGUAUGCGGCAUUGGUCAAGUACGACGUACACAGCCCACAGGCAAUUCGUGUCAACGGAGUACUCAAAAACUCCAAAGAGUUCGCUGAGAUUUGGAAAUGUCCAAAAGGUAGCAAAAUGAACCCGGAAGAGAAAUGUACUGUUUGGUAAUGUUUCGAGCCGAAUUUUCAUCUUAGGAGAUGCAAUAUACAUACGUAGACUGUGAUUUUAAAAUUUUAGCACUUCGUUGCUUACAUGUAAUUAGAUAUAAUGGAUAAUAAAAAAUAUACAACUUUA